AUGGCCAGCGAUUCAAAAUUAAAGGCGCGGAGCUCUGUAAUCAAUCUGGAGCAACAGAUGCGCGAGUAUGUGACUAAUGUGACGCACUCGAGUGUGGAUCUUUAUGGGACCAUGCUGAGGAAGUUGGAUCAUAUGAUUACUUCUAUGGAUGAGGGAUUGUUUCGAGAUAAGGAGGAUAUGGGCACAGAAAAAGAGGUGAAAGCGACAUCAACAGGUCCCAGUUUCUUCUCGAAGACCUAUCUGUACCACAACUCCCGGCUCCCGGCUCACCUUCCUCCAGUGCAAAUACUGCCGCAAACAUAUGCUCUCAUCCGCCUAGCAGCCCAGUACUCCAGCUCAGCCUAUAAGAAACCCGUAGAACUCACCACGACUAGCAACCCCUACGUAAGCGCCAACAUCCGCCAGGGAACGAAAGCAAUGGUAAUCAAGCCACUCGCAUCAGACGAUCUCAAGAGCAUCGUGGUCGCAAUCCGAGGAACGCAAAGCUUCCGCGAUUGGGCCGUGAACAUGAAAACGCUCCCAACAGCCCCAGAGAACUUCCUCGACGACCCAGAGAACCUCUGCCACGCGGGAUUCCUCACCGUGGCACAGAGAAUGGUCCCUUCCGUCGCGGCGUACCUCCGAGAUCUACUAACUGAGGAUCCCAAUCGCGCGUCCUAUUCACUUACCCUGACGGGUCAUUCUGCCGGCGGAGCAGUGGCCAGUCUGCUGUACUGUCAUUUGCUCUCAACGAGCGUGUCGUCUGAACUAAAGCACUUGGCUAGUUUCUUCGGAAGCAUCCAUUGCGUGACAUUCGGUGCGCCGCCAGUCUCUAUUAGACCUCUGUUCCCGACGAAGUCACCCGCAUCACUAGGAUCGAUGUUCUAUGCGUUUAUUAACGAGGGUGAUCCCGUGCCCCGGGCCGAAAAACCUUAUAUCACCUCGUUGCUGAACCUCUACAUGUCGCCCGCGCCGUUCUCUCUCGGCACAAGUCGAACAUAUCCCUUCGUCAGCAGGAAAGAUAAACCUGCCAUUUGGCGUGUGCCACCGGCUACGCUUCAUCUUGCUGGGAACGUAGUCCUCCUGCGACACCAAUCCCAAGACCCCGUCCUCAACUUACCGCACGGCGCAAACACCAUCCAGAAAGAUGAAAUCGAGGCCUGCCAAAUCCCUAGCGAAAUCAUACAUGAUGUCAUCUUCGGAGACCCCAUAAAGCACUGGAUGGGCUUGUAUCAAGAAAGAAUCGAGCACCUCACCCGCAGAUCACAAGAGCCACCACCCUAUCAGCCUUAA